CGGAAUCUGACAGGGACCAGUAACUCCAUAAUCUCGCCGGCCCAGCCCAGCACUAGUGGUCAAUGACAAGAUAUUGAGAAUACGACAAGACGAAAUGUCUACUAGUACCUCUUCCAAAGUUUCUGGUGUGAGGAGGAGAGCUUGUGUCAAUUGCACCUCUGUCAAGUCGAAAUGCCUGCCAUUCUCGUCUGACGAAUGCCAGCGAUGUAAUCGGCUUGGUAAGCGGUGCACCUACCUUAACGUUGUGGAGAAGCGAAAGAGUCCCUCCAGCUCCUCCCGUUCACGGCUCCUGGAGCAAAGAUUGAGUAGAGUUUUGACUCUGCUGGGUAACCAAGCCCAGGGCACGCCCAUGAGUGGCUUCGUUGCACAGUUAGCGGCCGAAGACCUCAACAUGAAUGUGCUCGGUGGCAGCCAGUUUGGCCAAUUGCCGCUGUCUCACGGCUUAACACUUCAGGGGACGCUAGAUGUUGUUGAUCGAGGGUUUGUCAGCUUGACUGAAGCAGAAAGAUUGCUUGACAACUAUCGUAACAAAGCGAUCGAACAUUUCCCUUUCGUUCCCCUUUCUUCCGAAACUACAGUCGCUUCUCUUAGAUCUACCAAGCCCUUCUUAUUCAUGUGCAUCGUGGCAACCAUGAAAGUUGACAAUUGCGGCAUCCAACACCAGAUUGGUGAGGAAAUCCGGAACCAGGCACAUCAGCGAGUUUUGAUGCAGUCAGAAAGCACUCUUGAAAUCCUUCAAGGUCUGUUGAUAUAUCUAGCAUGGUACCAGUACUUCUUCAUCAGCUACGAGAAGCAGCAAAUCGUCCCAAUCGCACAACUAUGUGUCUCACUAGUCCAGAAUCUGGGGCUCGACCAGAACCCUGGUAAUGUGAGACGCAAAGUCGAUCUUGGGCCAGAUGAGACAGCCCCUAGACGCAAGGCCGCAAGGUCUGCAGAGCAACUUCGGGCUUUGCUUGGAACUUAUUGCACGGCAUCUUGGGUUUCUAUCAAGUUUCGGACUCGUGGUGCUUUACCAUAUACAGGAUAUAUGAAGCAAAGCUGGGAAUUCCUCCAAAACAACGCAGAAUAUGCGAGUGACCUUAUGAUCCCCCCUUUCGUUCGUAUAAAUGAAUUGUGCCGUCGUAUAUGCGACACUUUUGGGUAUGAUGACCUAGAGAACUCAGGCAUGAGGGGAGAGUUUGUCAGCGCCAUGGCUUUGCAGACGCUGAGUAACGAGUCUGCAUUGUUGAAAGCUUCCAUUCCUCCAAAUCUGCAGAACAACCUUGCUAUAAGAAUGGAGGCCUACUUGCUCGAUACUUUACUCGGCGAAGUCUCACUACAUGAUGACUUUUGGGAUAGCACAUCGCCUUCCGACGUCUUCAUGACUAAUAAUCUGUCUUCCUCAACCAGUACUAGGGUUUCCAUCUUGUUCAGCCUUAUUCGAAGCUGCAAGUCUCUGAACGAUGCUGUUAUAGUUUAUCCAGACGAAGAGCUCUGGUACAUCACGUUUUAUACCACGGCCAAGAUUUGCAGAAGUCUCUUGUGCCUCUCAAAUGCUAGCAAGAUAUCAUCCGAAAUCUUCAGAGAGACUGGACUAGCUUCCUUCAAUGCCCCUUUCAUGACGAUUACUUCUCCUGUUCACGACGCUAUGACAGUCGAGAGAGUGGCUGACCUGCAAGGCGAGGCAAAGCGGCUGCAAGGAAAAUUCAAGAAUCUCUCAUCUCAAGUACAGAAAACCGGCAAUGAGGAAGACAUCAUGCUCGGUUUCUCGGAUAUGAUCUGGGCAGUGGCAGCUGCGUACGAGGAAACGAAAAGGCUGGAACCUGGCCUUUUGGCCUUUUCUCUGGGAAGUGAUGCACAGAACUCCUCUUCUGAACUGAGUAGCUCCGAAGGCUAUCUCUCGAGUACCGGUUCUGGAAACAUGCCACUAGAAGCAGUGUUAGACUUUGGUCUGAUGGAAGAUGAAACUUGGGAAGAGUUGUUGGCUGGAAUUGCUACGGUAAGCGACCCUGCAUUAUCGCUGCAUGUAUGAGUAGCUGUAAUUAGCAAGCAGAUAGAACGCCCCUCAAUGAGACUUCGUCGAGAAAAUUGACAAGAGAAUUCUGUGAACUCCGAAUUACUGCAC